AUGUCCAAUAAAACCCUCGCCGGCAAAGUCGCACUAGUCACCGGCGCAAGCCGCGGCAUAGGAGCAGCAAUUUCCCUCAAGUUCGCCCAACAAGGCGCAGACAUAGCCCUAAACUACAAAAGCAACGCAUCCGCCGCCGAAGAAGUCGCAACCCAAAUCCGCGUGCUAGGCGUCCGCGCCAUAACCCUACAAGCAGAUGUCUCGCAAGAAAAAGAAGUCGAGACCAUGUUCAAGGAAGCGCAUGAUACUUUCGGACGCCUCGAUAUCGUCGUCAGUAACUCUGGCAUUGAGCAUUUCGCAUCCAUCCCCGAUGUCAAGAGCGAGGAUAUCGAUGCUGUUUUUGCUGUUAAUGUGAAGGGGCAGUUCUUUGUUGCGCAGCAGGCGUAUAAGUAUAUGGAGGAUUUUGGGAGGGUUAUGCUUACUUCGUCUAUUUCGGCUGUUAAGGGCGUUCCUCGACAUGCUAUCUACGCUGCUUCCAAGGCUGCUGUGCAGGGUAUGACAAAGUGUCUAGCUGUCGACUUUGGGCCGCGCAAUAUCACUGUCAAUUGCAUUGCUGCUGGCGGUGUCAAGACUGAUAUGUACACUGAGAUGUCGGCCAAGUAUAUCCCUGGUGGGGAUAAGUUGUCUCCCCAGCAGAUUGAGGAGAUGCUGAGCAAGUGGUCGCCUUUGGGUCGGGUUGGGGAGGUGGAGGAUGUUGCUGGGGUUGCGGCUUUGAUUGCUAGUCCUGAUUCGCAGUGGUUGACUGGUCAGACUUGGCAGGCUUCUGGUGGUUCUUAUAUGGUUUAG